AUGCCAUGGGAGACGAGGUUGGAGAAAGCGCGGGAGAUGAUCUCAACCAGCCUCCCUGAUGCCAAUUACGCUGUACUUAAGUACCUCAUGUGUCUUCUUACCGAGGUGUGUGCGCACUCCACCCAGAACCACAUGACCGACGUGAACCUGGGUAUCGUGUUCGGCCCGAACCUACUAUGGUCGCGCUACGCUACCAUAUCCUCCUUCACGGAAGUAGGUCAAAUCACCUCCUUUGCGCAGCUCCUCAUCGCCAACUACGACGACAUAUUCAUCAAAUGA